UUACAUGUGCAGCCCAUUAGCCAAUUAAGGAUAGUACUUAUAUGCCUGGCUCAGUCAUCAUUGCCCCACAUGCCUCUGAGGAAGCUGGUGUACUAUCUGUGUAAGCUUGCUGUCUCGCCUUACUACAGCCUAAGCUCCCAGCCUUUGACAACCCACCUACCCUGAGAUGCCUACACAAUUGGAAACUGCCCUAGAGGAAAUGAUCGCUGUAUUCUAUGAAUUCUCCAAACAGGAAGGUAACCAGAACCUUCUGACCAAGGGAGAGCUCCAGAAACUGCUGCAGGAGGAGCUGAAGCUUCCUGAGUGGACCCAGAAAGAUCCGUCAUAUGUGGACAUCAUCCUGAAAACUGUGGAUGAAAAUAAAGAUGGACAGGUUUCCUUCGAGGAGUAUGCAAAGCUGGUGUCUAGAUUAAUUCAGUCUUACCAUGACUUCAAUCAGUGAUAUUUAGAAAGUCUGUGAUUGGUGACACUUGUGCUAUCCUCUGGUUCCACACUUGUUUGACUAGUGACCAUGUGUGGUGUCACCUGGAGCCACACUUCUGUCUGAAUAAAAUGAUUUGGAGGAUA